UUUUAUUUUUUGUUUUUAGUAAAGUCCUUGAGAGCUAUUUCGAUUUAAGAUGUUGGUCAUAACUGCAACGUUCUUGGUGGAAAAUUCUUGUGUAUGUUGAUAGUAAGCCGUUCUGUUCCCCCCACAUAACCACUGUUUCCACCAUCUUCCUCCACCUUAUUCCGCUUGUAAACGAGAUUGGCACCAUUUUCUCUUGUGAAACCGAUAAUUAGAACUGAUGGAUGUGGCUAUUUUUUUUUUUGGAAAUCGAAUAAAUUUUACGACCUUCGAAGAUUGUGUCAGCAAUUAUUGUCUGUUUGGUUUUGUCCCAGAAGAAAUAAAUGACGGAAACGAAGGUUGGUAGGCAGCCGAAUUUACGAGAUGAUCAACUAAGCGAUUGUCGGAGUUUUGGUAGCAAUUUUCAUCCUUCAAGCCAAUCAAGGAAGAUCUCAAUUGGUGUUAUGGUAGAGUCACCAGCCAAUGGGAGAUCAAGAGGCAAAAAAGAACAAAAAUCCAUGGUGCCAAAUGCAGAAGUUGUUUUUUCCUGUUUAGAAAAAUCCAUGCAGGGGAGCUGCAAGGAGAAAGACACAAGAACCUUGGGUACUGAUGUUAAAUCAAAAUCAUCAGAAGCUCCUCAAAAAUUGAGUUCACCAUGGGUUUCUACUCAAUCCCUUAGACGAAAUGCACCCCACAUGGAGACUCCAAGUGGAGCAAAACAAGUGUUCCAUUCUCCGAUGACUUGUGGGAGGCAGAACAAGGGUCAUGGACUAAAGGAGCCUCCAGCUACAUAUUCUGUUAUUUCGGUUGCAAACCAAAGCUCAAUGUUCAUGUCUGGAAAUAGCAAGGAGAAGAACUUUGGUGAGGCCAACUGUCAAAUGGAAGGAGUGAGGGAUACAACCAAUGAGAAGUUGCAUGAGUUUGCAUUUGCAACAACCAUGGCAGACGUUCGGUCAGAUAAAAUGGUGAUUGAGGAUCAACCAAAUAAAUCAGAAAAUAGAACUGAAACUUUGAAAAUGAAGCUAUGGGAGAUACUUGGAACUGUUUCUGUACCUAAUCAACAACGCUCUGAAUGUGAAAACCAUGAGCAAAAUGUCGAUCAAUUAAUAACCAAAGAAAUCGUUGUGCAGAAGCAGGAUAGAGUUGUCGGAGUCAAACAUAAUUCAGAUACAAUUGAAACUGAUUCUGAAAAUUCGGGCCAGACUUUGAAGAGGCCAAUAGUUCGUUCUAUAGCACGGAAAAGAUCUCACAUUUUUGUGCAGUCCCGAAAAUCUAAGACCCCUUUGGGCAAGAAAGGGAAACAUCAAGAAGGAAAUGUUUUUGUCUUUGAAGGAGUGUCUGAAGGAAUUCAUGUUGCUACCAACAGAGCUUCAUCAAAGUGUCCUAGAAAGAAGAGUGGUGAAAAGAGUUCCAAACUUCAGCCACGAAAAAUUUUCUUUCCACGGAAGGAAGAGAAGAUAGGAAUUUUUCCUAAACCGAUUGGGAUUGAAGAAUUGAUGCCUCAAGAAAAGCUCUCUUCUUUUAGAGAAAUUCAGGGUUUUCAUAGCUCCCCGGUUAACCAUGUAAUCGUUGAAUUAGACAAACGGAAGGGAUUCAAUCAAUUGCCACAGAUGGACAAAACGGUGUCACUACAGAAUAUUCAUAGCCCACCAGGUCAUGGUCAACAAGGAGGCAUUGACAAUGCACUGCUGAAUAAGGGUGUAGACCUGCAGAGUCAUACAGAAAGUCCAACAUUUAGAAUGAAAACGCCUGUCUGCAGUUCACCUAGUUCAACUCCAAAAGCAGAUAAAGUAGUUUGUGAAUCUUCAAGUCCUGGGUCAGCAGAGGGAAUACUUUCUACAAGAAAUAUUUCUAGCUUCAGGAAGCUGCGGGCUUCAGAAGAUGAUUGUGACAGAUCAGAUAAAGAUGAUAAAGAGAUUGGCCAAUCUCCACUCAAGAAAGCAUCAGUUGAUUUAACCGAAGGAGUAGCAGAUUAUGGGUUGUCUGAUUCAUCAUCUGAGGAUGCCAGCUGUGAAAGCUCUGCAGAAGAUGCUGAUUCAAGUCAAAGAGAUACACCAUUUCCAGAAAUCGGUGACAUAAAGAAAUUCAAGUCUAUGUUUCAUCCAACAAAGAGGGCUCGUAAUGUAGAAAACCAUGAAUUUGAUUUCAGGGGGCCUGGAGAAAGUAGUUGGCCUGAUGAAAUUGUAGUCCCAAAUGAAGAGGAUGGGCUUGCAAGGGUGGCAAAACUGUUUCUCUCAGAGCUUGAGAAGCUGAAAAGUAAAAUAUUGUCAAUAUCAAUUGAAAAGUCUUCGAAGGUGCUACUGUCAGUUGCCGAGAGUAUUCAUUUGCAGUUGCAGAAUGUACAGUCUCAAGUUCAAAUGGACAUGGUAAAGCUGUUGAGCUUUGGUAAAUCAAGACGAAAAGAUCUAGAAAAAAAAUUUGAAGAACAACAACAACAAUUGAAGCGUAUUAAUAAAAAAUUCAAGGAAGAGGUGAAUCAGCAUCUCCAGGAUUGUAGGAACGCACUACAAGAAUUGGAAGCACAACAGAUAGAGUUCAAGGGAAUUAUGGAAAAGAAAAAAGCAUCACAUCGUAAUAAUCUCAUGCAAGUGGAAGAAGAAGUUGACUUGCAACUCAAGGAUGCACAAAAGAGAGUUGAAGCUAUCCAGAAGUCGGGAAGAGGAAAGAUACUGCAGCUGAAACAAGUAAUAGAAAUGUGCUUGAAAUAGUAUGUUUAAACUGACCUAUUCUACUUUGCACAGUUAGUGAGUUUGUGUAUGGCCUAGAGAGCCAUUUCUCCCAUAUUAUACUAUUCCUCAUCUUUUUUCAGCUAGCGAUUUAGCUUUUUAUUUACGUUUUCUUUGUUCUAGCUCUACUCUUAACCUAAUUUCUUAAAUGUUCUAAAAUUGUAUUUUGUUUACAAUCCUUGUUUAACAUCA